AUGUCGUCGCGCGCGCAACCGACACACGCGGCGCGACGAACGCGCGCGGUGACGCGCGCGCUGGCGCUGCUGUGCGGAUCACUGGGCGCGAGCGCGCGCGAAGGGUACGCGUAUAGCUUUUGCCCGCGCGAGUGCCUGGCGCAGCGGUCGUACGGGACGUGCGAGAUCGAUGAGACGUGUCGCUGCCGCGCGGACCGGGACGGCGUCGACUGCGGCGCGGCGAGAGACGCGGUGGAGACGUUCGAGCGCGUCGUCGAGGUCGAUGGAAGGACGGUGCGGGAGACGUGGUACGCGGCGAUGGCGCCGGUGAUGGCGACGGGGGUCGGGGCGGCGCCGCGGGAGGUGACGUGCGCGACGGCGCGCGCGGCGGGGACGCGAGAAGUCGUCGCGAUGGGCGGGCGAGACGCGCUGUGCGUGGAUCAUUACGCGCGGUUGGGCGAUGCGAGCGCGCGGGCGUGGAACGCGAAUGAACCCACGCGUUGGCCCGCGCGGCCGCAGGCGAAUGGGACGAUCGUGCUCGACGUGGAUGAUCCUGUGCCAAACGGAUGGAAGGGGUCGUGCGGGCAUCCGCGCGGCGACGCGGCGACGAGCGACGGGUGGUCGACGAUAGCCAUGCGCGGACCGAUCGUCGUCGCGAGCGCGACGAGUGAUGUGAUAUACGCCAUCGCAAACGCGUGGGUGCGAAGGGCGGGGCAGCCAGUUGAAUACGGUUACGUCGUGUGGUCAGAUUUGGCGUCGGGCGGCGGGACGAUUAGAAAUCGUCACGAGAAAACCACGGAUGGAUACAUCGUCGACGUUGCGGCCAUGGGCACGGACGAUGAUUUGAUUUUAAAAGUAACACCCACAGCGGUGAGCGCGCUUGGUCGCGUGCUGGUGUAUUCGAGCGGUAUCGACGCAGCGCCGAGCGCGAAGGAUAUAUCGUUGCCGACGCUGCGCGCGGCGUGCGAGGCGUGCCACAACAGACGAGACGCAGGUAAGUUCACCGAGGCGGUCACGGUCGGCACAACUGGUGGUGGCGUCGAUAUGUUUCUCGCAGGUCGCGCGAAGGCUAGUUCGGCGCAAGAUUAUCCCGCGAUUGUUCGCCUGAAUCCGUACUCGAGCGAGAGCGUAAUCGCGGCGGAUGGGGAGCUGUACUUUAAAGACGCCACCGCCAUCGACGCGGCGUGCGAAGGUCAUUCUUUGCUUUCGUCGAGCUAUCUCGGAAGGUAUACCGCGUUUACCGCGCUCGGAGUGAUGGGAGAUUAUGCUUACGUCGCGACAUCGAGUGCGCCUUACAACGGCGCGAUGUGCGGCGCAACGUGCGUCAGUCGCAUCUCGUGCGUAUACCGGGUUAGAAAAUCAUUCAACAACACGAGCUCGGCGAUAGAACACGUCAAGUUAGGAACGAGUGGUAGUUUAGUUAGGGAUGCGCUCGCCAUCGAGACAGUGAGCGAUGGGGGUGCGAGUGGAGGGACGCUGUACGUCCUCACGAGCCAGGACGCGUCAGACGUGAAUGCUCCGACGCGCAUAGUAAAAGUCAAAGUAUUCCCGGAUGCCAACUGCGUCGGAUCGGCGUGCAUGGAAGUUCAAGGGUCGACGGCGUCGACAAGACCGAUCGGUGCGAUGACGACGAUCCCAAGCAUGGGUGCGUUGUUCACAGGGACGUACAAUGUUUCGGACGCAGAAAUCUCGUACCAAAGCUUCUCCGUGACAGAAAUCGAUGAUAUUUCCCCUUCAAGAGGACCCAAGGCGGGUGGGACAACGCUCACGAUUCGUGGUGUUGGGUUUCCAUACGACUCUUCCUGGGCCCCGGACGACACUCUGUCGCACCGCGUGGCGUGCCGAUUUUUGAACGACGGUUCGCCCGUGUAUGUGCCAGCCAAACUGGUGAAUUCGACAACGAUCGAAUGCGAUGCGCCGUCGUACAGUGCGUUCGCGGCGACCGGUACGUACAUAUCGGCCGUCAGUAUCAGUUUUGAGGGUUAUCCGGACGAUCGCAGCGCGCUCGCGACGUUUUUUGAAAACUCUAUAUGGGUCGGCGGAAUGGCAAAUUACAUGUAUUACGACCCGCCGAAUCUCGUCGCGACGUCGGUAACGAAUUCACACGUGCCUUCGGUGCUAUUUACGGGAGAAGUACCGAAUGGGGAUCCAGCGGUAAUUGCUAUCGAUGGCGGUCCAUUCGUCGACGGCGUGCUCAAAUGUCGAUUCGGCGCUCAGAGCGUGUUGGACGCGGCGUACGUCAACUCGACACGCGUCACGUGUCCCCUCUGUCCUUCGACGAGCGCAAACGGAUGUGGAGACUACCACGUGAAAAUGCCGUGGUUGUUAGACCCGCCACCGACGUCGGUGACGGUGGAUUUUAGCAUGAAUGGGGUGGAUUAUCAUACCGGCGUCGCCCUAGCGCUGCAUAGAACGCCGAAUGGUCUUCGCGUGACGCACGCGCGACAAAACAUCGCUCACACUGCGUAUGAGUCAACGAAAGAUGCUGGCGCGUCGACAAUGACGCUCGACGCGAUGACGGUGAACUUGGUGGAUAACAGAGGCACCGUCAUCGCGGAUGAUCUUGGCGUUGGCGGGACGCGGGGAUUUAAAAUCACGGCGACGCUAAACACCUCGCUCUCCACGGAUACACCAGGGGUGACGAUGACGACGGUGCCGUCCACCAUCACCACUUUGGAUGGUAAGGCAACGUUUCAAUUACGUUUUAGCGCACCUUUGCGGAUGGGUAAUUAUGUCGUCGAUGUCAUCGGUGAAGACUGCACUGGUUCAAGUUGCAUUGCCCUUGCGAUGGCGACGACGUUCCAUUUCACCGUCGUGCCUGGAGCGCCUGUAGGAUUGGCCGCGAUACCGAGCUCAACAAACACAUUGGUGGUGCCCACUAAUGAGGAAUCCGACGUCGGCGUCGUAAACGUGUACGUGUUAGACGCCGCAGGCAACAGGUUGCACAACUUUGACGAAGUUUCGCACUCAAUCUCGGUGACAUCUGUGGACGCGUCAAACGCUCCGCGAACCUCUGGAUCGAUUAUCAAUGGCUCCACGACAGUGUCUACGCAUCGAGGCGUGGCGGUAUUCCGUGACUUGAAGCUUCUCAAUCCUGCACCGAUCGGUGCGAGAACACCCGGUAAAACGAUAUUCGUAAACAAUCUAACCUACCCUGCGGCGUCCAGGGGAGUAAACGAUGCGGACGCGACGUACAGAUUUCUAUUCUCUGCGUCCUUUGGUUCGGCAAUAUCCGCAUUCACCACUGUGGUCGGUCGACCGAGAUAUUUGGAGAUAGAUAACCAUAUCGUGCCCUCAAUGACGACGUCUUCAACGACGCUGACCAUCCCAAACGCGAUCACGGUGCGAUUGUACGACGCUGGAAAUAAUUUGAUCACAUCGCCGCCGGAGUCUGGUGCCUCGGUUGACGUUCGGGCAUACGGCGACUCUUUCACGCUCGAACCGACUUCCACGACGAGCGUCACGGAUUCAACUGGAACAGCCACUUGGACGUUCGCAGCGAAUAGUAUCACGCUCGAUGUCCAACCGGCUGGGUAUUACGUAAUCGCCUUUUACGCGACUGGUUCGGAUUACAUUCGCCCGGCAAAGCAACUCGUUCAGCUGGUCGAAGGCAACAUCGGUCAUCAGUGGAAACAUACCCUCGAGUUCGGCUCUGACAUACGUUAUGCCGGAUCGUCGACGCCUCUGGGCGAUUUGACGAUUUAUGUGGCGGAUAUUGGGGGAAGCUUCUUGGGCGCGAACGACCGUUAUGAUGCGUCAACGCUCUCGUACACAGUUGAUCGCGCCUUCGCAUGCACCAGCUCGACACUUUCUAUUUCAGGAACGCUCACGGGCAAUACUUUGAGCACUGGGGCCGCCGUACUCACCGGUUUGACUUUGUCUUCCGUCACGCUGGGUGUGCACGGAAUCACGUGUUCUUCGACGACUAACACGCUGAAGGAUAGUUCUGGAAACGUCAUGUCCACGAACACCUCGCCGCUCGUGGAUUUGAACUUCAACAUCACCGUCACGUCAGGCGUACCGAGUAGCUUUGCGCUCACGAACUCCCCAGUGACGACUUACGAACCAGAGUUUGGCGUGAUGAAUAUGUCGACGUUUCGACGUUACGCGGCGGCAUAUUACGUCCCUCUGGAUGCGUUCGAUUUUCAAAUGUACGACGCGCACGCAAAUGGAGUCAAUUACGUUUUAGGGGACACUCCUGUCGUGGCGUACCUUGAGUUCACAUCCGGCGUCUCAAGCGAUGCUAUCGGGGUGAAGAGCGAUUACUUGACGUAUAAUGCCACGGUUGCGACACGACAUGCGUUUGUCAUUCCUGAUCCGCUGGCUGUGUCGACUGGAUUGAGUCCGAGUUUUGACGUCGCGACAAACGCGGUGACUUUCGCGGGAUUGGCGCUUGAACGAGCAAAGGUGGGUACGCACACGCUGAAAUUUCACGUGCCAGCGAUGCCAGCGUUUUCGAAUCUCACGCAGUCUAUCACUGUGACUCUCGGGCGCGCACACCAUCUCGCUAUACGAGCGCCUUGCGAUGAUUAUUACGUGCAAUAUCGCGACACAGGGACAGGAUUGUGUACGACGACAACGACGCUCCUGCGAAGUGGUUCCUCGUGUACUUGUACGCAGUAUAGGUCAGCGGCGCUCGUGGUCUUGAGCCCAAUCGUCAUUGUCGUUAUGGAUGGCGGCGAUAAUUUGGUCGGGAGCGCGUAUUCUCCUACCUGUGUCACCGGCGACGCGAGCUGUGCCGGAACGAUUGAGGCAGUGUUUGACGUCGCCAGGACGAAUCCGUGUGUGUUGUCUGGAAACGCGUGCGCGGCGACACAACCUCAAACGCACACGAAAGCCAUCAGUAGUGGCACAGCGACGUUCAGCGACAUCGCAUUUCGACUUCCAAAGUCCACCAUUCACGGUGGAAAGGCAAUCGUUACCUUUAAAUCCCCCGGUUUGGUUGACGUGGAUGUGUCAUACGACGUUUGGCCGGGCUCUGCCGCGUCGCUCGACGUCGUCUUCCCGGACUCCUUUGAAGGCUUGGUCGGUCAAGUGGGGCUCAAGUCAUCGACUUACACCCUUAUUGGUCGUGCAUCGGAACCGUUCGUUCUGAACGUCGUGGACGCCGCGGGCAACAAACUGCUCGCCGAAGACGGCGUCAAUCGCACUUUGACCAUCUCCGUGGUGGAUAGCACCGCGCAGUUGCUCGGUACGACAAGUAGUACGACAGUCGCAGGGACCGUGGUACUGAGUAAUUUCUAUCUCAGUUCGCCACCACAGGGCACGCAUGUCAUCCGAUUUUCCACGUCUGGCUUGAGCUCGUACGAUAUGACGGUGAAAAUCAUCGAAGGUGUUCCGGCGAAGCUAGAGCACGUCUCAACCAUCGAAACCGUGACUUCAUACAAAUCAAGUGCUCUCAUUUUAUUUGAUGAAUUCACUGUGCACAUGCAAGAUGCUGGUGGGACGUUAUUGGAAAGCAACCAGUUCACAAAGGUUAUCACGGCGACUUUACGUUCCUCAUUCAACUCGACUAGGACGUUUACGACGCAAGCGUACGCUACGAAAUCGGUUACAGCGCCGAUGGGACGAUCCAUCGUUAAAUUUACUGGCAUCACCGCGCAAGCGCUGGAAGUAGGUCAGUAUGUCUUGACAUUUGCAGGCGAUGGGUUGAUAUCGGAUAGCGUGGCCGUGGCAAUCACCCUCGGCGAUGCGAGUCAACUUAAUGUGCCGAGCUCGCGUGGCUAUCCAACUCCAAACGACGCCACGUACAGUCGUCCGACAACGCUCAUGGCGGCACGAGUUCUGAUAUUAGCCCCGUUUGCGGUGACGGUUACCGAUGGUGGUGCAAACGAAGUCACGAGCGCUGACUUUGGGAUCUUGCGACAUGUGAGCGUGGGCAUAAAAUACGUGACGUCGACAACGCAAGACCCAUUUUCGCAGCCGCCCGAAAUCAGCCAAUACGCCACCUCGUCGGGCGUUGGACUAAUCUCUGGCAUCAGGCUCUACAAUCCCGUCGCUGGGACAUAUCGAGUAACUGUGUCGACACCUUCACCCGUGGUCCUCACGCCAUAUUCGUUCGACAUUCUCAUCAAGGCUGGCGAUAUUUCAUCUCUGGACGCGUGCGGUUGCCCAAAUUGCGCUCGCGCUGACGUCACCGUGGAAUUCCCCGUCGGUUUGUGCACAGAUACACGUCCAUACAAAAGUGCAGACGUCGUCGAUCUUACUGACAUUUUUGUCGUCACACGUGACGCCGGUGGAUUACUCAUGGGCUCUUCGUUGGACACCGCCGAAGCCCGCCGAGCCGUCAACGUCAACCUAAAACAGUACGCACUGAGCGCCACAGGAGUGACGACGUCCACCACAACGGUGACGUCACCGCUCAUCGCCGAUGAAACAAGCGUAUCGUGCGCGGACGCCACAAUUGGUUGUUCGCCGAGCAAUUCACGAUCAGUGAGUGUGGGCGCCCUUUACAUCGUCAAUGGUGUAGCGGCGUGGUGCGCCGAUGGCACAGAGAGCAAUCGCGCAAAGAGCUUUUGCUCGCCAGAUAGUAGCGAAGCGAGCGAGAACAAGCUCGCCGCUGAGACCGCAUAUUUACGCUCGCUUGGUGGACUUUCACCUCCGAAUGUCGCUGGCACCACGGGGACUGGUUUGGACUUUUACGGCGUGCGAAGCGACCCUGGAUUUGUCGGCACCGCAACGGGGCUGAAAUUCAUUCGCCCGCUCGCAGGGCGUUACGUGCUAGAAUUUCAGUCUGAAUGUCAAGCCAACGAGUGCACGUCAACGCAAAACUUGGUUCUCAUUGGCGAUGCUCUGGAAGUCAUCAUCGAGCCCGGAGAUCCGUACAGGCUUGAGUUCGGUACGCAGCGCAUUCCAUCGAGCUAUGACAGCAACGUAUCGCUUCCAACGUUUGAAAUCACCGUUUACGAUAUUUCGGGCAACGUCGUGACAAACUCAGUGGAUAAUGUGACGGUAACAGUAACGCCGGCUCCAUAUGCGGUGAUCGGAGGGUCAGAACGCGUCUCGAACGGUCUCGCGACGUUCAAAGAUUUGACAGUCAUCGGUCGGCGCGGGACGACGUACAGUCUUAUGUUUAAGCUUGGCACCGCCGAGCUCAACGUUACCGGUGGACUCACGCUCUUUCCGUGCAGCACAGUAAAGCCACAUUCGCAGUCUACCUCCAAUGGUUCGUGCGAGUGUUAUCCAGGAUAUACGGAAGACGCCUCAGGAUCGGGUUAUCAACCUCCGUCAGUUUCAGUAUCGAGUUAUCCAGGUCUCUACGCUCAAGUCGACCCAUCCAGGAUUUCGAGCUUCAUAACUUCGUUGCGGCCGUACGGUGCGUGUGUGCCGUGCGCGGCGGGUUUUUACAAAACCGGUAGUGGACCAGCACUGUGCGAUGCGUGUCCGAUACGGAUGAACACGUACACCGGCGAAGAUGGCAAACCGCGCCAGAUGCACGUGACUUCGAGCGGGGAAACACUUCCGGGCCAUCUCGCAAACGUGAACAAAACCUCGUGUCAGUGCACACUCACUGGACCGGCGCAAAAUGGAACGACGACGUAUACGCGUUAUUACAGAUUGGAGCCGUACGACGCGUACGAGUGUGGAUCUUGUCCCGAUGGCGCGGUGUGCGAUUCACGAGACAUCACAAAAUUAUCUCUCUCGGAAGGCAACUGGCGCGCCGACGAGACAAAGUUGGGCGUGCUAAGGUGUCGAUCACCGUACAGCUGCAAAGGCGGCGUCGGUGAAGGCGACGAAUUGUGUAACAUCGGUUACUCUGGGACGCUGUGUGGUACGUGUGAUGCGCGAAAAGAGUAUGCCAGUCUAGAAGACUCGCGCUCGCUUGAAACGUCGCUGCGGUGCACGAAAUGUUGGCCAAAAUGGCUAAGCGGUAUGAGCUUGUUCGUCCUCACGAUUGUCCAAAUCGUCUCCAUGUUGUUGAUUUGUCGCGCCGCGCGGAGCGCAUUACCAGCGCAAAUCGUCUACACCAAGGUCAUCGUCUCUCACUUUCACAUGCUUGCAACGCUCGGAACGAUCAACCUCGGGUGGCCAGACGUCGUCGGCGUGCUGUUCCCGCUCGCCAGGCUCACGUCCACGACGUCGAUCAAGGCGUUUGCGACGGAUUGCGUGUCAAAGUGGAAUCACAUUCAGUACACGACGUACAGUUUUGGCACGGUCGGCAUCUUCGCGGCGCUGUGUGUGCCUCUUUAUUUAUACCUUCGCCUGACGGCGUUCUUCAAACUACGAAGUGAGUGGUACGAAAAGAGGCAUGCGUUGGAGUCGGCGUACAUUAACGCGAGAAGGGAGGGCGAAGACGUCGAAGGAUUGCGAUUCCAGUUGGAUCGCAUGAAACGCGCGCCAGAUUUAAAUGAUUCCGAACCGGAUGCGUACAAGUUGCAACUUCUCACAAAGGUGAAUAAAGAAGGAUAUAUUGUCCAGCAAUGGACCGAGGACGAACUCGAAGUGCUCGCGCCGUCAGCGGGCGACAUCACCAACGGGUUGUUUAAAGCCGUGACGCUCGCCAUGUGCUGGUACCCAAUCUUUACCAACAUCAUGCAGAUGAUUCGUUCGACCUCUGUCGAGGGUAUCGGACGAUUUUUGUUCAUCGAUUACAACGUGCGCACUGAUAACGCUCGAUACAAGAUGACGAUGUAUGGAUAUUUCAUUUUAGCCUCGAUAUUCGUCUUCGGAUUUCCGUAUUUCAUCCUUGGAGCGCUGAAACGACAUCGGAAUCAAUUACGCUGGGCAAAGACAAAAGCGCUGUACGGCUUUCUUUACAUCGGAUUCACGCAAGAAAGGUAUUACUGGGAAUUCGUGGUGAUGAUGCGGAAAGGCUUGCUCGUCGCAGCUUCGGUGCUCCUUCCUGAAACUCCGCUUCUCGCGGCGUACAUCUCCAUCGGCAUCUUACAAAGCUACCUCGCGUUGGUGUUGAUUUUGGACAUUUACGAGAAGGAUCAACACCGCAAGGUAGAGAUCGCAUCGCUGACAACAAUUUUGGUGAGUUACAACGCCGGGGCGUUGAUGUCCACGGUGAAGCACCAAGCAGCCUCCGUCAUCGCAGCGUUGCUCAUUUACGCGUUGAAUUUGAACUUUUGUAUCACAGUCUUGCGCUCUGUGCGCGGAGACGUCAAAGACGAGGUCAUCGCGGCUAAGAUAGAAGCUGAGCGAAAAGAAAUCGAAGACGAGCACGCGUACAGACGCGAGGCGGUGAAACGUGCGAUCGUGGAUACCCACGCGGCGUCGCGUGCGUUGCAUCCGCGAAUGGCUGAGAAACUGAUCGCCGCUUUUGACGAUCAAGUGCUGGUAGAAGAGUUAUCUAAAGCCGGUGCGAACGAUUUAAAGCUGAGACAUCUUCAGCUCAGCGUGCAUUUGGAGAGUUUGCGGAACAAAUGGCAAGCACGCAAGUCGUCAAUGGUGGAUCAAUCGGCGCAUCGGGAUCACGAAAUUGAAGCGCUCGCGCUCGAGCGCAAGCUCAAGGCGAUCGAUCACGAGCGCUGGCGCAGGAAAAACACCGCCAUCGGUGGGUCCUCUGAAGAUGAGUUCGAAGUGGCGUCGCACUCGAGCGAGGGUGAGCGCAAAUCUGUGGCGAGCGACGAUUCCGCCUACGCCGCCACAGGAGAAAAAGCAGCUCGUGACAGCGUCGAGGCCCGCGUGGCGCAGUACAACGAAAUCAUCGCGCAACAAUUACGUCUGGCGCGACAAAGCGAGCGAACCGAAAAAGAAUCGAUCGAAAAGCCGGCGCCUUUGUAUCCGCCAGGUUACAUCCCGCGACCGCCGCGACUCCCGGCGCGCGAUUCGGUUUCGUGGACGCCGCCGUCGGCCGAUAUCAUGCUCGAGUCACCGACGAAACCGCCAAGAAAACCAUCGACAUCAUCUAUUACCGCGACGUCGAACGCAGCGUCGACGAGCGUUGAUCCGUUCACGUACGACUACUUUGAAAUGACCAAGAUGCGCGACGAGCUCAGCGCUACCGAAAAGGUCGCCGAGCUCGAAGCCGUGAUGCAAGAAGAAAUCAACGCGACGGCCCACGUCGACGUUACGCACGAUCCAGAGUCUUCAUCUGGUCGACGAAUGACAUGGCGAGAAAAAAUGGAUGACUCUCGCUGGCGAGUCCAACGUCGCAUCGAAAAGCGCGAAUCACGCGCUAUGAUGCGCUCUUUUGGUUUCGGCGAAGACGCGCCGAAUACAACCAAGCUCGCCGGUGGCGACUCCGACUCCCACGGCGACGUGGACGAGUCCAAAGAGUCGCUCGAACUGAGCGACUCCGACGCGCGCGCGAACGACGUCGUCGAACCGCCGCGCCGGAAUAACCGAGCGGCGACCGAGCCGUCGACUGAAACCGCGCCGACGGACCGCCGCGCCGCUGCGCGCGCGCGCGCAGCGCAGCGCGCCAGCCGAAUGCUCUGA